AUGGCGACCGCUUCAGUAUCGUUCAAGUCUCGUGAGGACCACCGGAAGCAGCUCGAGCUUGAGGAGGCGCGUAAGGCGGGGCUCGCCCCUGCCGAAGUCGACGAGGAUGGAAACGAGAUUAACCCUCACAUCCCGCAGUAUAUGUCCUCGGCCCCAUGGUAUCUCAACGCCGAGAAGCCGAGUUUGAAGCAUCAGCGGAAAUGGAAGUCGGAUCCGAAUUACACAAAAGCGUGGUACGAUAGGGGUGCCAGGCUUUUCCAGGCCAACAAAUACAGAAAAGGCGCUUGCGAAAACUGUGGAGCCAUGACUCACAAUAAGAAGGCAUGCAUGGAUCGACCUCGGAAUGUUGGAGCUAAAUAUACCAAUAUGAAUAUAGCACCAGAUGAGAAAGUCGAGUCGUUUGAGCUUGAUUAUGAUGGCAAGCGUGACCGUUGGAAUGGUUAUGACACAUCAACCUACACUCGUGUUAUCCAAGAUUAUGAAGCUAGAGAAGAGGCCAGGAAAAAGUUCCUGAAAGAACAACAGCUCAAGAAGCUCGAGGAGAAGGAUGGUGAGCAGGAUGGUGAGAAUGUGGGCAGUGAAGAGGAUGAAGAAGAUGGCCUGAAGAUAGAUGAGGCUAAAGUUGAUGAGAGCGCUCAAAUGGAUUUUGCUAAGGUAGAGAAGCGUGUGCGCACAACAGGCGGUGGAAGCACUGGAACUGUUAGGAAUUUGCGUAUCAGAGAAGACACUGCAAAGUAUCUUCUGAAUCUUGAUGUGAACUCUGCAUAUUAUGAUCCAAAAACCCGCUCGAUGCGUGAGGAUCCUUUGCCAGAUGCAGACCCCAAUGAUAAAUUCUAUGUGGGUGAUAACCAAAAUAGACUUAGUGGACAAGCUCUUGAGUUCAAGCAACUCAAUGUCCAUGCAUGGGAGGCUUUUGACAAGGGGCAGGAUUUCCAUAUGCAAGCAGCUCCAUCUCAAGCUGAACUACUGUACAAGAGUUUCAAGAUCAAGAAGGAGAAGUUGAAAUCUGAAAGCAAGGACAAAAUUAUGGAGAAGUAUGGGAAUGCUGCAUCUGACGAACCAAUCCCUCGUGAGCUUCUUCUUGGGCAAAGUGAAAAAGAGAUUGAGUAUGACCGGACUGGUCGCAUAAUCAAAGGACAGGAUGUAGCUCUUCCUAAGAGCAAAUAUGAAGAGGAUGUCCUAAUUAAUAACCACACAACAGUGUGGGGUUCAUGGUGGAAAGAUCAUCAAUGGGGCUAUAAGUGCUGCAAGCAGACUAUUAAAAAUAGUUAUUGCACAGGCCUUGCUGGAAUCGAGGCUGCUGAAGCAUCAGCUGAUUUGAUGAGGGAAAAUAUGGCCCGCAAGGAGGCUGCCGAAGAGGAACCUGUACGACAAGAAGAAAAGAAACUAGCCACUUGGGGAACAGAUAUUCCUCAGGAUCUUGUUCUCGACCAGAAGUUGCUUGAGGAAUCCUUAAAGAAGGAGGCAAAGAGGAAGAAGGAAGAGAUGGACGAAAGAAAGAGAAAGUACAAUGUGAAGUGGAAUGACGAGGUCACUGCGGAAGACAUGGAGGCCUACCGUAUGACAAGAGUCCGCCACGACGAUCCUAUGAAAGAUUUUCUCAAUUAG